AUGGAUUCUUAUCCAGAAUACUUUUUCGCCAUCGAUGACGAAAAAUCUUUAGAAGAAUUAAAAACACCACAAUUUUUUUCAACCAGUAAUCCGAUCGAUUAUUUAUCACUGUUAAAUCAACCUGAGCAACAAAUAAUAAACACAUCAGAAUUAUUUACUACUGACCCUGUUAAAGAUGACUCUGUAGAUGAUGUUUCAGACGUGGUCGGUAAAGAUGACUUCGCUUCUAUAAUGUCAAUGUAUCCCAUAGAUUUUCUUGAUGAUAUUCUUCCACCACCAGCAAGACCUCGUUCUUCUUUAGAAGAGAUUCCUGUAGUACGUACAAUGGAACCAAAGAAGGCAGCUGAAUGGAUGAUAGAAGAUCGUGUGUCACAUAAAAGACGACGACCAUAUUUACAUGAAUAUUUUCGAUUACUAUUGGACAAACCACAUUAUUUAGAUCUUGCAUCGUAUAUCAACAUAAAUGAAGGUAUAUUCAAGCUGCAUAAACCACACGAAAUAGCGGCACUAUGGGGAAAUGUCAAAGGUAGGAAUACCGUUCACAAUAUGACAUAUGAUAAAAUGGCACGAGCACUUCGACUUUAUUAUAAAUCAGGUAUUAUGACAUCAGUAAAGGGACGAUAUACUUUUCAAUUUGGACCACAAUCUGGUUUUAAUACCUUAUGGAAACCAAAGUUUGAUGCACAUAAAUCACUUAAAUAUUCAAUAAAUCAAUCAUAUCGAAAGUCUUGA